ACACAGUUUCAGUAUUGCCUCUGUGAGAGCAUUUGCGUCUUCUUCUGUCUCUGAGCUCUUACCUCUGUUCACUCGCACCCGUCUGACCUGCAGGAUGACCCGCCGGGCCCUUCUCACUCCGCUCCUGCUCUUGCUGGGCCUGCUGGGCCUGCUGGUCCACGGCGCUGUUGCCCAGGAGGCUGGAGAUCCAGCGGCAGCAGCACCUGCCCCGGGCGACGCGUCUGGCGACACACAGCAGGGCGACGAGGAGGAGUGGGGGAUGAACUCCGUCAGAGGCGGCUUCGAGGCCGUCAGCACCUACUUUGACUCCAUGCUGGAGUUCAUGGGGGGACGAGACGGAGUGUGCCAAUACCGCUGCAGAUACGGGGGUGCUCCUGUUCCUCGUCCUGGUUAUAAGAUGCCUGAGCCCGACGGAUGCAGCUCCUACUUCUUUGGUCUUCCCAUUCCAGAUUCGAUGGACGUGGGCAUCCCUGCCAUGACCAAGUGCUGCAACCAGCUGGACAUGUGCUACGACACCUGCGGCUCCAACAAGUACCGCUGCGACUCCAAGUUCCGCUGGUGCCUCCACAGCAUCUGCUCGGACCUCAAGAAGAGCCUGGGCUUCGUGUCCAAGGUGGAAGCGUGUGAAGGCGUGGCGGACACCUUCUUCAACACGGUGUGGACGCUGGGCUGCAAGCCCUACAUGAACAGCCAGAGAGGAGCCUGCUACUGCCAAGGAGAGGAGAGAGAUGAACUCUAGACAAGUGUCAGCUCAAGACAUUUCAGCUGACGGUGCGGAGCUGUGACUACUUGAGUAAUUUAUUUGGACAUUUUUGCUUUCGUCUUGUUAAAAUCCUUCUUUGUUAUUAUUGAAUGUCCACGGUGUAUCAUCUCCUUUCAGGAACUAUAAACUGGUGAAAGACUGUAAGAGUUGAAUGUCUUACCAUGUGAAUAAAUGUCAUUUUAAAUACA